CCUACCUUCUAGUCUUUUAGAUUAUAAUUAGGGUAACCCUAGACAAUAAACAACCCAAAAAAAAAAUCAAUGAAUCAAUUGGGAAGUAGAAGUCAAGCUUCUCCAUCUUCAACAAACAAGAAGAAGAUUGAGAGAAGGGUCAUUGAGAAAAACAGAAGGAACCACAUGAAGAUGCUCUACUCCAAACUCAACUCUCUUCUCCCUAGGCCCAAGGAACCGUUGCCAUUGCCUGAUCAAGUGGACAAGGCCAUAAAUUACAUAAAGAGCUUAGAGGAGAAGGUGAAGAUGGCUAAGGAAAAGAGAGAGAGGUCGUUGGGAAUUGGAAUCCGAAGAAAGAGGACGCGUGGUGAUUGCAGCGGUGUUGAUCGCCAGAAACCGCCACAACUUGAGGUUCAUGAAAUAGGUUCGUGUGUUGAAAUUGAAAUGACAUGUGGAUUAGAUACUCAGUUCAUAUUCUAUGAAAUCAUUCUUAUUCUGAAUGAAGAGAAUAUUGAUGUCAAGAGUGUCAAUUCCUCACUCAUCGAGAAUUCCAUGUACCAUGUUGUUCGUGCAGAGAUUUUACCGUCUUUGCUUCAAUUCGGUGUGACUAAAGUAAGUGAGAGAUUGAAAAGGUUUGUGAAUGAACCAACCAGUGAAAUUGAAUUACAAUCUGAUUAUCAGUUGUUGGAUUUUGAGAUUAAUACUGAUGAAUUAGCGGAGCUUUUAGGUUUUUUAGAAGAGAAAUAAUAGGAUUUAGAAAGAAUACUUUUUAUCAAUAUUAGAUUAUUA